CCCCCCCACCAACGUGCGCGAUGCAGACGCGGCAGCCCAUGUUCGUGCAGCUGCUGCAGAAGUCGUUCCGCGUGUUCAGCUGCCCCUGGCUGACGUCACAGCAGAAGCCCGCCGUGGAGGCCUGCAUCCGAACGCUCUCCGUCGUCGCCAAGAAUCGCUCCAUCGCCAUCCCCGUGGACUUGGAGGCGCAGAUCGCCCAGGUGGUGCAUCCCAACCCGCAGGCGCUGGUGCACAAGACGGCCAUGAGCUGGCGCAACAGCGCGCGGACGGGCACCCGCAAGGAGUCUCUGCUCUCCACCUCCAACCGUGACUACCGGCAGGUCAUCGAGCGCUUACAGGACAUCGUGCAGUCGCUGCAGAGCCGCAUGCGCUCGCUGAUCCAGGCGGAGACGUCGGUGCUGGUGGACGUGCUGCACCAGCCGGAGCUGCUCUUCCCCGAGGGCUCCGAAGCUUUCCAGAGAAUCGGCAACGGCGGCUUCAUCUGCAAGCUCAUUAGACACACGAAGCAGCUGCACCGCGAGAAUGAAGAUCUGUGCAUCAAGAUCUUGCACACGCUGCAGGACAUGAUGCCCAGCGGAGGCGCCGACGCCUGCGCCGCCGCUGCCCAGGAAGCUUACUGCAGCUUGAGCCGCAAGCACCAGGAGGACCAGAAACGGGGAGAGGAGCUGAGAGAGGGGCUGCUCGCUUGCUACUACGGGGAGAAGAUGGGCAGUCAAGCAGGCCCCACGGUGCCACAGGUGAGGGCCCACAAGACCUUGGCCAAGGUGCAGGUUCACCUGGACAAGCAGGGCGCCUCCGACCUCGUCAUCGACCUCAUCAUGAGCACCAAGAGCCAGCGCAUCUUCCAAGAGAGCAUCCUCCUGGGCAUCGCUCUGCUCGAGGGUGGCAACACCGUGCUGCAGCUCUCCUUCUACUGCCUGCUGACGCAGCAGAACCGCUCGGAGAAAUUCUUCCAGCGCUUCCACGAGCACAUGCGCGCCGCGCAGCUGGAGAUCAAGGUGCUCGUCACCAUGAACACGUCAGAGCUGGGCCAGAGGACCGACGAGGAAGGCGGCGGCGGCGGCGGCGGCGGCGGUGGCGCCAGUAGCAUUGGUGGUGGCAAUGUGACCCAGAUCACGCCCGCUCGCAGCAGGGCUCGAGUGCGGGGGCAGCACAAGUCCCAGAUGUCCGACCGUGCCCGCAAUCAGCUGGAAGAGGCAGCCGUGGCCACGCGCGGCGCCUUCCAAGCCGUGCGCCGUGCCGACGCGGAGGAGGCGGCCGCCGUCGCCGCCACCGGGAUCAGCGGCAGCACCAACAGCAGCACCGACGCCGGGCCGGGCGAGGCAGGGGGCGGCGGCGGCGGCGGCGGCGGCGACGGAGGGGGCGGCGGAGGCGGCGGAGUGGGAGGAGAGGCGGAGAUGAGUGCGGCCAUCGCCAUCAUGCGGCCCAUCCUGCGUCUGCUGCAGCUGCUGUGCGAGAAUCACAACCACGAGCUGCAGAACUUCUUGCGGCACCAGAGCAACAAGACCAACUACAACCUGGUGUGCGAGACGCUGCAGUUCCUCGACUGCAUCUGCGGCAGCACCACGGGCGGCCUGGGCCUGCUGGGCCUCUACAUCAACGAGCGCAACGUGGCCCUCAUCAACCAGACGCUGCAGAGCCUCACCGAGUACUGCCAGGGGCCCUGCCACGACAACCAGAACGCCAUCGCCACGCACGAGUCCAACGGAAUCGACAUCAUCACGGCGCUCAUCCUCAACGACAUCAACCCGCUGGGCACCAAGCAGAUGGACCUGGUGCUGGAGCUCAAGAACAAUGCGUCCAAGCUGCUGCUCGCCAUCAUGGAGAGCAGACGUGACAGCGAGAACGCCGAGCGGAUCCUCUACAACAUGCGGCCCAAGGAGCUGGUGGACGUGAUCCGGAAUGCGUUCAACCAGGAGGAGGAGAUCUACCCGGGCCAGGAAGACACGGUGUCCCCCAAGGAGGUCGGCCACAACAUCUACAUCCUGGCUCACCAGCUGGCGCGGCACAACAAGGAGCUGCAGGCCAUGCUGAAGGCCCCGGUGGACGGCGCCGCCGGAGAGGACGACCCCCUCUCGUACUACGCCACCAACACCGCCCAGAUCGAGAUCGUGCGCCAGGACCGCACGAUGGAGCAGAUCGUGUUCCCCGUGCCGGGGAUCUGCCACUACCUAACGCGGGAGUCGAAGGCGCGCGUGUACAGCUCGACGGAGCGCGACGAGCAGGGCAGCAAGAUCAACGGCUUCUUCCAGGUGUGGGAGGAGCUCUACCGCGAGAUGGAGUGGCAGAAGAAGCUGGAAGCCAAGAAGUACCUGUCAUGGAUCUCCAAGAACAUGACACUGUGGAGCAGCAUCUCCUUCAACCUCGCCGUCCUCAUCAACCUCCUCGUCGCCUUCUUCUUCCCCUUCGACGGCAGCAAAUGGACGCUGGAGUCAUGGCCCGUCCCCCUCCUCGCCGUCACCGCCGCGGCGCUCGUCGUCGGCGUCGCGGCCUUCCCCUCCCGCAAGGCGCUGCGGCUGCUCAGCGUGCCGACCAUCGCCUUCUUCAUCUGCACACUCGGCCUCGAGGCCACGGUCAUCCUCCUGGGCUCGGCCAACGUGUGCAACAAGUUGGUGUUCCUCGCCAGCUUCGUGGGCAACAGGGGCCGGUUCGCGGGCGGUUACCGUGCCGUCAUGCUGGACGUGGAGCUGCUCUACCACGUCGCCUACCUCCUCAUCUGCGUGCUCGGCCUGCUCGCCCACCCCUUCUUCUUCAGCCUGCUGCUGUUUGACGUGGUGUACCGCGAGGAGACGCUGCUGAACGUGAUCAAGAGCGUGACGCGCAACGGCCGCUCCAUCGUGCUCACCGCCGUGCUCGGCCUCAUCCUCAUCUACCUCUUCUCCAUCGUCGGGUUCCAGUUCCUCAAGGACGACUUCAUCCUGGACGUGGAUAAGCUGGCGGAGGCCAAGCCACCAGCCGGAGACUCGUCAUCGAGAUUCAUGUCCGAGUUCUGUGACGCGACGGACGAGUCCUGUGUGGUGGCCGGCGCCCAACAGCGAGAAGGAGGAGCAGGAGGCCGUCUCUUUGAAGCACGAGUUGGCGGUACCGAGGAGGAGGAGGGGGAGACGGAGAAGUCGUGCGAGACUCUCAUCAUGUGCAUCGUCACGGUGCUCAACCACGGCCUGCGCAACGGCGGCGGCGUCGGGGACGUCCUCCGCAAGCCCUCCAAGGAGGAGCCCCUGUUCGCCGCCAGAAUUAUCUACGACCUCCUCUUCUACUUCGUCGUCAUCAUCAUCGUCCUCAACCUCAUCUUCGGUGUCAUCAUCGACACGUUCGCCGACCUCCGCAGCGAGAAGCAGAACAAGGAGGAGGUGCUCAAGAACAGCUGCUUCAUCUGCGGACUGGAGCGGGACAAGUUCGACAACAAGACGGUGUCGUUCGAGGAGCACGUGAAGGUGGAGCACAACAUGUGGCACUACCUCUACUUCAUCGUGCUGGCGCGCGUCAAGGACCCCACCGAGUACACGGGCCCCGAGAGCUACGUCGCCGACAUGAUCGCGGAGAAAAACCUGGACUGGUUCCCGCGGAUGCGUGCCAUGUCGCUGGUGAGCAGCGACGGUGAGGGUGAGCAGAAUGAGCUGCGUGGCCUGCAGGACAAACUCGACUGCACCAUGAAGCUCGUCUCCUACCUCUCCAGCCAGCUGUCUGAGCUCAAGGAGCAGAUGACGGAGCAGAGAAAGCACAAGCAGAGGAUCGGCUUCAUCACGAACAGCCCCCACAUGAACCCCGGCGAGAGCGCGCAGAUGGCGGCGUGAGAUCUCAGCCGGUGCCGGCACCACCAGGGCAGCGCCGUUGUCGGCGGCGGCAGCACUAGCCACCGGCGCUAUAUAGGAACCACUGCCAACGUGCCACCACGACCAGCACUGGCACCAUCAACACCAUCGUCAGCACCAGCACGACCAUCACCAACAACAACCAUCGGCAACCACACCAACAACCACAACAACCGCUACCGCCGACACGAAGGCCACU